AUGAAGGCUUCCCUGUUUGCCGCGGCCGUUGGGCUGCUAGGCUCUGCCAUCGCCAAUUCGCACGCUCAUGGCCAUAGCAAAUUCCAUCGCCGUGAUCUUGCUCCAGCCGCCCAGGAGAGCUGUGUCUGCGUCACCAGAGUCACCACCUACUGGGGUGAACCAACUCUCGUCGAACUGCCUGCUCCAGCGACACCAGUGACAUCCACCACCACCGUCCAUCUGACCAGCUUCACCACGGUCACCGUUAAUGUUACGGCCUCUGCUCCUAUCUCUAAGCCCGCUGAAGAAACUCAGCCGCCCGUCAACACCGUCACCGUCUACCCAACUCCAGGCACCUCCAGUGUCCCACCACAAGCCCCCGUCCCGGCCCCAGCUCCCCCGAGCUCAUCUCCAGCCCCAGGGAAUCCCACCCAGGCCCCAGAGCCUCCAAAAGAAACUCAACCAAAGGUCCCAGAACCUCCAAAGGAAACCCAACCACCAAAGGCACCGGAACCAUCGAAAACUCCAGAGCCAUCAAAGGUCCCAGAGCCUUCAAAGGUUCCAACCCCUAAGCCAAGCAACCCCCCAGGCGGCGGUCUCGGUGGUGGUAAGACAUGGGGUAUGACCUACUCUCCUUACACCAAUGAUGGCCAGUGCAAGGGCGCCAGCGCCGUCAUGGACGACAUUUCUGUCAUUGCAGGAGCCGGUUUCCACACAGUUCGCAUCUACUCCUCCGACUGCGAUGGCCUCAAGAACGUUGGCAACGCCUGCAGGGCCCACGGCCUCAAGUUGAUCAUUGGCGUCUUUAUUUCCGAAACUGGUAUCGCUGGAGCCCAGAAACAGGUCACCGACAUCACCUCCUGGAGCCAGUGGGAUUUGGUCGUUCUCGUCGUCAUCGGUAACGAGUCCAUCCACUCUGGCCGCGCUGACGCCGGCGCUCUCGCCGGCUUCAUCAGCGCUUCCAAGACCGCAUUCCAGGCUGCCGGCUACGGCGGUCCCGUAACCACCACCGAGACCACCGAUAUCUGGCAGGCGCACGGCUCUUCCCUCUGCGGCGUCAUUGAUGUCCUCGGCGCCAACAUCCAUUGCUUCUUCAACCCCGACGUCGAAGCUUCAAGCUGUGGUAAGUUCGUUGCCGGCCAGAUCCAGCUUCUCGCCAAGAUCUGUCCUGGCAAGGAUGUCUUCAAUCUUGAGACUGGUUGGCCUACCGAGGGUAGCCCUAACAAGCUUGCCGUGCCUGGAACGCAGCAGCAGGAGGAGGCCAUCAAAUCUCUCGUUGAGGAGGUCGGAUCCAAGUCCGUUUUCUUCUCCUUCACUGAUGACCGCUGGAAGGACCCUGGACCAUAUGGCAUCGAGCAGCACUGGGGAUGUAUUAAACUCUUCCAAUAA